CGUAGCAUCGGAGGAUGCGUGGAUGCAAUGGCUCUGAGCAAAGUCGCUCGGGUCAUUAUUCUGCUCUCCUUGUGGGCUUUCAUUGCUUGUGGCGCAUACCUGGGGCUGGACGAUUAUUCUCCCUGGACUUCCAUACUCUUACCAUCCAUAAGCAGCUUGAGCCACUUCAGCACUUCAGCUCCUUCAAUGACGAGCCUUCCUCCACUGGCCAGUGGAGCAAGCGAAGCGGGAGGCGGAACCAUUGACGAAAGCACCUCAACUUCGUUUGAUGCGACAACCUGGAGCACAAGCAGUUUAAGCACGCACUGUGAGCGGGAAGCUUGGGGGACGCUUUUCUCCACAGGCCCCGGGGCGGACUGGGAUGUCGCCCGGAUGUACUUUUGGGCCACCCUGGUGCUGAGGGACAGCAUCCAGAGGUUCGAAGGCUGUCGGCCCCAUCGGCCCUUCUUCGUGCUGCACAAUCAAAGCUUCAGCGAGCCAGACAGCUGGGCCAUCUCUGAGCUCCACAAGCGCGGCUUCGUGACAGUUCCGCUCUCCAUGGAAAUGCCAUAUCCCAAUCCCUCGAGACCCGAACUCAACGUUGGCUGGUUGAAGCUGGCGAUAUUUAACUUUACCACAUGGGAUCGAGUUGUAAUCCUGGACGCUGACAUGCUGGUACUGGGAAGCAUGGAACAGGCAUUCUUUCCACCGAAGCGGAGCAGGCUCUCUUUGAUUACCAGCUCUGUGGGCAUUCCCAAGCCAUCACGGUCCGUAAACAUCGGGGUGAUGUCGAUUCAGCCGUCCAGCAGAGUGUUUGAGAAGAUGAUGCUCGAGCUGCAUUCCUUUGACAACCGUACCGAUAAGCCCGACGAACAGGAUCAAGGCUGGAUCGAGAUGUUCUUCAAGAAGUGGGGUUCAUUCGGAGGAGUCUACGACGAUGCCUAGGUUUGUUGCUGUCGGGUUUGCCAACGGUUUGUUGGAUUUAACCGCUCUUUUGUCUGUUCAACAGUAUGUACCCAUCCUCUUCAAGCAUCUCAGAAGUCCGAUCGUUUGGGAGUAAGUCUUCUUUGGUGCAUGGUCGAUGUGCCUUUGCCAAGCUGCGUGACUCUAAGGAUGUCGAUUCCUGCGUGGAAUCGCCUCAGUUCAAGACCUACCUCUCUGCUACAGAGGAUGGCUUUCCUUGGUGCUUCCAUCGGCUAGAGUACGACGCGCACGUGGAGUUCAUAGCAAACCUGGGAAGUACGCCGCCCAAAUUAUUGCAUUGGCCUGGCAUCCUGAAACCAUGGUGCAUGAAGAAGAAAGAGCGGAGCGUCUUUGACGAGAUGUGGUGGGCAGCUGCCAAAACCAGCUGGGACACGGAGCAUAACGGAUCCCGGGCCAUGCCUAAGAGGUUCAAGUGCAAAGGUUUCCAUAUCUUCUCGAAGAAGAAGUGGCAAAGUAUCCUCAGGAGGCGAAAUGAGUCGAGCCAAACCUGGGCCAGACUCAGCCAGAGCUAGCCCUUGGCCUGAUCACAAGUGCGGCCGGGUGGAUCAAGUGGUGCGGCCGAGUCGAUCAUGUGGUGCGGCCGAGUCGAUCAUGUGGUUUGAUGACCCAGGGCUACCAGCGAGGUGCCAAACGUUAGCCAAAGCUGCCUUUUGAGCUUUCGUUUGGCCGCAGGAUGGCAGUGGCCGGCGCUUGAUUUGUGCCUUUUGCCAUUCACAGGUUGUAAGGCGACUUACCUGGAUGCUCGAAUCUCAUAAAUCAGCUCUUUGACGCGAGGAAGAUGCGACGCGACUUGUUCGCGACUGGACGAUCCAACGACGGCACGCCCUGUUUGAAUCAGCCUUGACAUGCC